AUCCAUCAGGAAAAUAUAAUCAAAGUUUUUAUAAAAAAAAAUAAUAGAAAUAGAGUGAAAUUUUUAAGAAGAUUAAAAAAUAGAAUAAAUAUCAAUUUUAAAAGACAUACAUAGUGAUAACAUGAAGAAAAAUAUUGAAAUUAUACAAAAUUCUCAGAAAAGAAGCAGAAAAUUAUGGAUGAAGACACGGUCGAAAGAUUGGUGGAAUAACAUUUUUGCUUCAGAUAAUUAUUCGGAAAUAUUUGAAAACUUCCGAAUGGAUAAAGAAACCUUCAAUUUUAUAUGUGAAAAAUUAGACGAAAAAUUAAAGCCUCAUCCACUUCAUGUACGGGAAUCCUUAUCAACUAAAUGCAAGGUUGCAAUUAGUAUUUAUAAACUUGCUUCUUCUGCCGAAUACAGAGUUGUUGGCAAUCAAUUUGGUGUACAUAAAAGCACUGUCAAAAAGUGUCUUUAUGAAUUUUGUGAUGCUAUGCUAACCUAUAUCAAAGAAGAAAUUUAUAUGCCAGAAAAUGAGGAAGCCGAAGAAGUAAUAAAAAAUUUUAAAGAAAAAUCUGGUAUUCCUCAAGUGCUAGGAGCAAUUGACGGAACACAUAUUCCAAUAACUCCGAAACAGGAAGGAUAUAGAGACUACAUAAAUAGAAAAGGUUGGCCAUCUUUAAUAUUACAAGCAGUUGUGGAUAGUAAAUAUUUGUUCCGAGAUAUAACAUGUAAACAUCCAGGAUGUACACACGACGCAACUGUUUUGAAGGAUUCCUUCCUGUACUCUAAAUAUGGAAAUCUGGAUCUACCGGUUGAAAUUUUGACAACAACAUUAUAAGGCCGUUUUUAAUUGGAGAUCCUGCGUAUCCACUUUUGCCAUGGAUAUUGAAAAAUUUUCCAGGCCACUGUAAUGAAGAAGAAGAAUCUUUUAAUGUUUAUCUAAACAAGGCGAGAAUAGUGGUAGAAAAUGCCUUUGGAAGAUUGAAAAGCAGAUGGCGAAUUCUCCAAAAAAGAAUUGAUGUCAAUGUGGAUUAUGUGCCUAAAGUAGUUGCCACAUGUUGUAUGCUGCAUAAUAUUUUAGAAAAAAAGAAAAG